AUGGUGAUGGGAGGAAGGAAAUCGCCGGAAUGGUCGAAAGAGCAGGAGGACGAGAAUCAAGAAGGAAGGCACGUUCAGUGCUCGCCAGCAAGGAGGCGGCGGCUGGAAGGGAAGGCGCGAGGCAGGAGUAGUGAACGUUCGUCACCCAGCACCUCAAGGGCAGAUGGGGGAGCGCAUCGUGAGAAAGCAGAAGAGCACCUGCGGGCAGAGAGGAUGGCUGCAAAGGAAUCAGGCGGAGAAGCAAGAAGGUGGCCCGAGAGAGAGAGAGAGAGAGAGAGAGAGAGAGAGAGAGAGAGAGAGAGAGAGAGAGAGAGAGAGAGAGUGGAGAGGAGAGGGAUGCGAAGUACGAAAGGGGGAGGUGAGAGAGGGAUAAGGAGAGGAGGUGGGGGGGGGAGUGGCGAACCCCUCUUACUAACCCCCGAAUCGCCACUCCAGCCAGCCACCCCUCUUAACCUCACCCCCUUUUCAGCCGCCCCCCCUGGAACCUCACUCCCCCCCCCCCCAACAAUUGCCCCUAAGACAAGAAGCAUCACAGCAGCACAAAUGGCUAUAUUUUUGGGAGUGUUGUAG